GUCACAGGAAAGCUCGAGACGUUGCAAGGGGAAACUUUGGAAGGGUUCGCCCCGUGAGAAAUUAUUCACCAGUUGACUUACUUAUAGCCAAUUACGAUGAUGUUUUGCUAAAGUUUCCUCGUGUCAUAUCUGUGGAAGUAAGUUCUCGCUGAUGUCCGUUAUUGGUUCAUUUUGAAGUCGUGAUCCGCGUGACAAGUUCAAAAUCGUGAGCAUGAGUUCGGAGUGGGGAAAAUCUUCUGGGGAUCCGUUCGCCGGAGAAGCGAAGCAAAAUACGUGUGUGAAAGCUAAGAGUGCGACCGUGGACGCCGUGCAUGGAGAUCAACUGGCUGAUUGUGAAGUGAACGAGUUCGCGAGGACCGAUGAGAGAGAAGUCAUGAACGAUGCGAGUGAGUUGACGCGGUCCAUCAAAGACAUUCGCGUCGGGGAACUGAACUUGGAUGCCGAUAACACCGAACGCGAGGAGGAUGAGACAUCGUCGGAGUCUCCUGUCGAAGGCUCGGGUUCUUCUCCGAUUCCGGAAGAGAUGUUUUACCCUGGGAGCCUCACCCGAAUGUCCGGUAUGCGAUUGUCAUCAGUAUCCGGAUCAUCUGUGGCACUCGCACCGGAAGACGCAUCGCCGUUGAAUGCAUCUCAAUGUGAAUCCAUGACUGCCGUAUCGCACAUGACUGUUCAUCAUGUCGCCGAGAACAAUAACACGAGGGAUCGACUCACUCCAGCCAUGGCUGAGAGCCAGUUUGCGAAUUUCCUCAAACUUGCCGAUGAUCCUGAGAUCAUCUCACACUUCGUGACUCUGGACACGGAGGACAAGAUUUUCAACUUUUUAUGCAACAUUCCGGCGAUCAAGGCGUUCGUGUGA